GCUCCACCCCCAUCGCGGCGCCCUGAGCUCACCCGCCGCUGGUGCCCGGCUCCCCGCGGGCAAGGAGCGGAAGCCGCUCUCCGGAGGCGGGCUCCGGCGCCUCCGAGCCCGGCAGCCGCGGCAAAGGCGAGGCGCGGGUCGGGGGCGCCCGGCGGACGCCCGCUACUCCGGGCGGGCGGGCGCCCCUCGCGGGCAGCCCGGCCGGGAGAGGCGGCCGUGGCGGCCGCGCUCGGGCGCCCCUCGCGCAGCGCCCCAUGCCCGUGUGGUGCUGCCGCUGCUCCCUGGCCGGUCAUUUCAGAAACUAUAGUGACACUGAAACUGAAGGAGAGAUUUUUAAUUCCCUAGUACAAUAUUUUGGUGAUAAUUUGGGACGAAAAGUUAAAGCAAUGCCAUUAGUUGAAGAGAGUUCUUUACUUGAAGAUUCAUCUGUGACUUUGCCAGUGGUAAUAAUAGGAAAUGGACCUUCAGGAAUAUGCCUUUCUUACAUGUUAUCAGGCUACAGACCAUACUUAUCAUCAGAAGCAGUACACCCGAAUACAAUCUUGCAUGCUAAAUUAGAAGAAGCAAGACAUCUUUCCAUUGUUGAUCAGGAUUUAGAAUACUUGUCUGAGGGCCUUGAGGGCCGAUCGUCCAAUCCAGUUGCAGUACUUUUUGACACACUUCUUCAUCCAGAUGCCGACUUUGGUUAUGAUUACCCAUCUGUUUUGCACUGGAAAUUAGAACAACAUCAUUAUAUUCCUCACUUAGUUCUUGGUAAAGGUCCACCUGGUGGGGCUUGGCAUAAUAUGGAAGGCUCCAUGUUGACAAUCAGCUUUGGAAAUUGGAUGGAACUACCUGGACUUAAAUUUAAGGAUUGGGUGUCAAGCAAACGAAGGAACCUAAAAGGGGAUCGAGUUAUGCCAGAGGAAAUAGCUCGCUACUAUAAACAUUAUGUAAAAGUCAUGGGUCUUCAGAAAAAUUUCAGAGAGAAUACUUACAUAACUUCAGUAUCAAGACUCUACAGAGAUCAAGAUGAUGAUGAUAGUGAACACAGAGAUAUUUCAACAAAACAUUUACAGAUAGAGAAGUCACAAUUUAUCAAGAGAAACUGGGAAAUUAGGGGUUAUCAGCGAAUAGCGGAUGGUUCUCAUGUUCCCUUCUGUCUCUUUGCUGAGAAUGUAGCUCUAGCAACUGGAACAUUGGAUUCUCCUGCCCAUCUAGAAAUUGAAGGGGAAGAUUUUCCUUUUGUGUUUCAUUCAAUGCCUGAAUUUGGAACUGCUAUAAGCAAAGGAAAGUUGCGUGGCAAAGUGGAUCCAGUGUUAAUUGUAGGUUCUGGGCUUACAGCAGCUGAUGCAGUACUGUGUGCUUACAACAACAACAUACCUGUGAUGCAUGUAUUUCGCAGACGAGUAACUGAUCCAAGCUUAAUUUUCAAACAGCUGCCCAAAAAGCUUUAUCCUGAGUAUCAUAAAGUGUAUCAUAUGAUGUGUACUCAGUCGUAUUCUGCAGACUCCGAUCUUUUAUCUGAUUAUACCAGUUUUCCUGAGCACCAUGUGCUUUCCUUUAAAUCGGACAUGAAAUGCAUUCUUCAAAGCAUCUCUGGAUUGAAGAAAAUAUUUAAACUCUCUGCAGCAGUAGUAUUGAUAGGUUCUCAUCCUAAUCUGUCUUUUCUGAAGGAACAAGGGUGUUACCUAGGCCAUAAGUCAAGCCAGCCAAUCACAUGUAAGGGUAAUCCUGUAGAAAUAGAUACAUAUACCUAUGAGUGUGUUAAAGAAGCCAACCUUUUUGCAUUGGGUCCUUUGGUCGGAGACAAUUUUGUUAGAUUUUUAAAGGGAGGGGCAUUGGGUGUUACACGCUGUUUAGCUACAAGACAGAAGAAAAAGCAGCAUUUGUUUGUUGAAAGAGGAGGAGGAGAUGGAAUAGCUUAAAGCAAGUUUACAAGGAAUUUAAAUGGACAGCUUUCCAUUAAAAUUUUUAAUAGUGGUUUUGCAGUGUACUGGCUUGAAUUUUCUGGACUUGAAUUAACUAAAGGGGAACCUCAAGCUAUAGUAACUUAAUUUUUCAAAGUUACCAGAACUUGGUGUCCUGAUUUAUAUUGUAAUGUUUCAAAGAUGUUACUGUCAGACAGAUAGAAAUACUGCCAACUUGGUAUACUUUAAGCUUUCACUUAACUAAAACAUUAUUUUCUUUCAAGAUUUAUUUUUUGUGAUAAUUUUCAGUUAUUUCUUAUGUUUGAUUCCAAAAUAUUACAGCCUUGAAUCUAUAAAACUGCACGGUCAUUAGGACAGAAAUUAUCCUAACUGUAUAAUGGACCACCUUGCAGCUCAGAAAGGUAGUCCAAGGACCAACAGUAUCUGCUUUAUCUGUAGCUUGUUAGAAACUUAGUGUCUCAGGCCCCACAACAUACUGAGUCAUAAACUGCAUUUUAACAGGACGCUCAAGGGAUAUGCAUGUUCAUAAAAGUUUGAGACACACUGGUGUACAUGAAAAUGAGAAAUAAGGUAUGUGUGCUGGGGCAGGGUGGGGGUAGGAGGCAUUUAUAACUCAGGUUUUAUUUAUUUUGAAAUUAUCAACUGUAUAAAUCUAAUUUAUUACCAAAUAUGGUCUUUUUAAAAAUAUUUUUAUUGUCAAAAUCGUGACAGGUACUUCAUAUUCUUCUAAUAAUUUAAACAGUCAAGUAAUAUUGGUAUACACUUUGACAUCCAAGAACGGACAAGAUAUUUUUCGGAGAUUUAUUCUCUACUUAACCAUCAUAAUGUUUAACUAAUCUGAUUUGCAAUUCAAUAAAUUGUGGAUGGAAUUACUUA